CCUGCGUGAGUUUGACAGAUAGUGCAAUAAAAAUUCACUCGAAUAUCAUUCGUAUGUCGAACUUACAUGCAAAAUCUCACAUUUUAUUGGGCGUUAAAAUUGAGGAGUGAAGAUGGAAUGUUUGAAACGCAGCUGGCUUUGACCCCGGUUUAUUCAUGGAUGCCUGAGCUCACAGCAGAGACGAAACCUGAACAGUACAGUGAAGAUACUCCUGAACUGAAAACCUGGUCCAUCCGAGCAUUCAACCAUGAUCCAGCAUCAGAGGGAAGGCGGCUUGGAUGAAGAACAUCUUGGGUUUGUUCUGCAGCAGCGGACAGUGACGGUUGUCGAAGGCCUUGAACACCCAGUCCAGCUGGAGACGAGAAAACACCACUUGAGUCCUCGGCCCUUGAGGAGAAGUUUCCAACUCACCGCCAAGAGUCCUCCAUCGCUGCCAUAUAUAGCUCCGUCCACUCCAUGAGACAGCAGACACACCACGCAGCUGUCCAUUCUGCGGUGGUCGGGCUGAGAUCGGAAAUGCUCGAUGCAGUCACGGAUGCCCUUCGAAGCACAACAAAGGACGACCUCCUCCACUGAGAGACGGCACGACGAGUCACUGUAACUCUGUCAGAGAUGAGGAGGGAUGAGGAUCCCAUCAUGAGGUGCUGCAUGAGCAUGUCGCACAGAUGAUCCUGAUCCGUUUCCUUUAGGGCCCGGCAGAACAUGUUGAAAGCAUUCGGCCCCCGUUUGGGAAGGAGCAGCAGCAGAUACCACGCCCGUCCGAAGGAAGUGUCCUUUGCCUGGAGCACAGGAACAGACAAUUGGUCAUCUGAGACAAUUAUAGAGGCCAUCUUCAAGUUGUGAGGGAAUAAUAUCCACGCUGCAGCUCUGCAGGGUCUCCAUGUGCCGCUUCUCCAUGCUGCACUCCUGAAUGGUGCUUGACACCUGUCAGAGGGAUGUUGUGAACAGGUGUGACCAGCGGUCCCCAACAUCAUGACCACUGCCCAGUGCAGACUGUGACGCACCGCUGUGUGCGGUCAGCAGCGUUCUCCUCACCUGUGACCAGGAGCGGGUUAAUGCUGUCACCCUGAAUGACAGCAGGACGGAAGAGGAGCUUAAAUGAGUGAGAGGCAGGGGGCAGAGGGGAGGAGACAGGACGGUAAAGUGAGUUAAUUCAGUCUGGAUUGAGUGCGUGGACGAUACGAAACGGGCACCAAAGACAUGGAGGAAGAGAAGCGAGGAGGCGGCCCCUUCUCCAGGAAGAGAAGUUUCACCUUCGGGGAUUAUGGCAGUUUUGAGAGAUACACAUGUGACAACCAGAGCAGACCUGAAUCUGUGGAGGACGACGUGAGCUCUCCAGGAGUGGACUCUCCACUCAGCGAGAACAAGUCCAUCAUUUCCACCUGCAGCAACCAAAAGGAGGCCGAGCUGUUUGAGAUCAUUGAGAAGCUGCAGGGCAGCAGGAUCGAUGAGCAGCGGUGUGAGUUUCCACUCCCUCUCAAGUCCCAUGUUUUAGGGGUGGAUGGACAGCUGCCCCUCAUCCUGCCCUCACAGUCAGGCGGGUAUUGGAUCGAUCCUCCUCUGGAGACACCAUCCAGAUCAAGUCCAGCGUCUCCACAUGAUGAACCAGACAGCUUUGACAUCAUGGAGAGAGACACCGAUGCCAAAGUCUACCAGCAGUUCUUCCUCUCACGACACCACCAUUCCUUUACAGCAGUGGAUCCGGCGCUGGGCCCUCUGGUUCUGUCCGUGUGCCUGGAGGAGGAGGAGAACAGACUCCGAGCCAUACUGAGGACGAAGGAGUGUUCCCUGAUUGGAGUUUUCCCUCUGACACUCUUCUCGAACCUUCCUUCUGCUGUAGAGCUGGCACGAAUGCUGUCUCAAAGCGUGACCGUCUCAAAGUUGGAAGUCGUCUGCUACCUCAAGGCGCCGGAUCUGAUCAGAGCCUUCGACGAACACAGGGUCUCACCUAACUUCAAGUUUGGCGUUUUAUACCAAAAAGAUAGGCAGUUCACAGAGGAGGAGAUUCUCGGCAACGACCAGGAAAGCGACCAGUUCCAAGAUUUUCUGUCCAUUUUGGGUGAAACUGUGGAACUGCAGGGAUUCACUGGCUUCCGAGGUGGUCUGGACGUGUGUCACGGGCAGACCGGCAGCGAGGCGGUCUACACCUCCUUCCAUGGCAGAGAAAUCAUGUUCCAUGUGGCGACAAAACUGCCCUUCACAGAUGGUGACCCCCAGCAGCUCCAAAGAAAACGACACAUUGGAAACGACAUUGUGGCGCUGGUCUUCCAGGAGGGCCAAACGCCCUUCCUCUGCGACGUCAUCAAGUCUCACUUCCUGCACUGUUUCCUGGUGGUGCGAAGGUGUCGUCGAGAAGACUGUGAUGAAGAGGCCUAUCAGGUUUCUGUCACAGCCAGAGAAGACGUCCCCACCUUCGGUCCGGUUCUGCCAGACCCCCCCAUUUUCACUGAUCGCCACCUGCUGAGGGAGUUCCUUCUGACCAAACUCAUCAAUGCAGAGAUUUCCUGCUACAAGGCUGAGCGAUUCAGCCGACUGGAGCUGCGCACUCGUACGUCUCUGCUGGAGAGUCUGCGGUCGGAACUCUCCACUCGCUCUCAGCUCAUGACAGGAGAUCCAUCUCUGUCGGCGUUGCAGACGUCAGACAGUGUCCGGGGAGCGUCUGAAGGGAGCGGCGGCUUCAUCGAAAACUUUAAGAGAGCGAUUCGAGUUCGGAGCCAUUCCUUCGAAACUUUGGGUGGACCCAGAAAGGCCGGCAGCUCCUCACAGAGGACUAAGGUCAGGAACCCUCAGGCUUGCCUUGUGUGUAGUAAUCUCAACAUAUCUACUUUAAAUACUGUGUUCAGAUGGAGAAAGACGUGGAGAGGUGGGUAUCCUGUUUUUUUCUCUUUUUUCAUACUUUGGCCCAACCAUGUUGCUUCACCAGUUUCUUCUCUCCAGCCCUUUGUUCAAUCCUGUAGACACAUCGGGAGGAGCGGAUGGGAAAGACGCAACAAGCCCUCAGGAGGAGACUUAGACACACACGUAGACAAUGUUCGCUGAGAUUUGUUGUAGAGGAUGAU